AUGAAGAGGGGGAAAGUAAUAAAUAACCUGCAUAAGCAGAUAAAAUCGCUAGAGGAUAACAACAUCCCAUACAAAUAUUACAGCGCGUCACAUAACGUCAAUAUUCAAAAUUAUUUAAGUGACAGGAAGGUUCGAUAUUCCUGUCCGCCCAACUCAUACUUAAGUCUCAACGAUUUGUUAAAAUUAAUUGACACGUUGGAGCAUCAUGACAGUGCCGAGGUGAAACGCCGAGACUAUAAUGCGGAUAGGGCAGCAAACCAAAUGACCAAUAGGAAGGUCAAGGAAGACGAGUACAUGUACUGCCAAUUCAGUGGAGUGCCCAACGAUCCUGUACAUAACAACGUAUUGGUGAAGGAAAGAAGUUUCUGUGAUCAGGGUGAUUAUGAAAGCAAUGUAUACCAUGAGGACUAUCGCAACUAUGACAAAUACGCUAAUAAUGACAGUCGUGUGAAUUACAGGUACGGCGAACAUAGCAGCACGUACAAGCAUCAUCUUGAUCAGUCAUAUGAGGAGAACCCCAUGAGAGAUAACAUUUCACAGAAUAAUUACUACCCGAUCGGCCUAAACCCCAACUCACCCAUUUAUAAGAACACUUCAAACUUUGGAGAAUCUGACACAAUAAGCAUCACAUCGCCAACCCCCUACGAAAGCAAUUGCAUGAAUCGAACAAACCAGACAAUGGUAGAGACCUCAUCACGAACACCUGCUCAUAGAACUGAUGACAGCUUGCUACAUAAUCUACUACAGUGUAGAGCUAAUUUGUCAAAAUGGAAUAAUAUUACAGAUCCGGAAAAAGUAAUUAGCACAAAGAAUUUAAAACUACUCCUGUUGCAUCGCCCCAACUCUAUUGACGACAUCAAAAAUUUGAAUCUAACCGGAUUCGGGGAAAAUAAAAUAAAAAAAUAUGGCUACGAAUUUUUGAAUGUUUUCCUGUCUGGUCACACGGACGAAUCUUAA